AUGCCCGCCAAACGAGGAGCCCCCAAGACGAAACCACCCCCCACGGCGCGCGCCCGCCCCUCGGCCCUCGCCAAGCAGCACAACCUCUCGGCGCGCCAGGAGCACGAGAUCGCCGAGGCCUUCUCGCUGUUCGCGACGGCGCCGACGAGCGCCCACCCGCGCGGCCAGCUGCCGACGCGGGACCUGCGCGCCGCCCUCGCGGCCCUGGGCGCGGCGCCGUCGUCGCGCGCCGAGCACGCCGACCUCGUCUCCAUCCUCGACCCCGACGGCGAGGGCGCCGCCGCCUACGACGAGUUUCUCGCCGUCGCCGCCCUCAAGCUGCACGCGCGCGCCGACGACGACGGCGCCCGCGCCGCCGAGGUCGACGAGGCCUUUCGCCUGUUCUCCGGCGGCCGCGGCGAGGGCGUCAUCACCCUAGGGGACCUCAAGAGGGUCGCCGCCGUGCUCAAGGAGGACGUCGACGACGCCGUGCUCCGCGACAUGGUCCUCGAGGCGAAUGCCGGCGCUGGCGUCCAGGUCGGCGUCGGACGCGUCGAGUUUGAGGAGGUCAUGCGCAGGGCCGGCGCUUGGAAGUGA